AUGGCGCAACAAAAGGUUCUGCAAUUCAGAUAUCUGAACGCUUUGCUGACAGAAAACAGCAACAACAUACCUGGUCUCACUUAUAGGCUACUAGUGGAUUAUUUGAAGAUGUCGCACGACUCACCAUCGCACAUAAUCCCUAUACUGUUCCAAACGGCUAGAUACAAAAACCAGUUAAGAGGCUUCCACCCUUAUUACAUGAUGUUCGAGGCAAUAGAUACCUGUAUGAAGCAUUCUCCGCCCUCACUCGCUUGGCCUGUCAAACCAAAUGUCAUGACACUCUUGUCAUUGCCAGUGUUGGAAAUUCUGGAUUUCGACAAUGAGGAAGUAGCUAUGGGAUACACAAGCAGAGACUCCAUCAGGGAGAGUAAAGUUCACGACUUCUUCCACAUCAACCAGGAAACAAGUACUCUACAGAUAAAGCCAAGAAGUGAAUCCAGGCGACCAAAUAUCAGGAGCCAGAUAGAAAGAGGUCUUCUUUGUGGAAACAUCAAGUUGAAAGCCUUUGUGGAUACAAGAAACAUUGAAGGCAAUCUCGAUCUACAGCCUUUCGUUGCUAUGCUUAACUACCAAGACCGCCCAAUGCUUCGAAUGGCGAACAAAGACUUGAGAUCAAUUAUGCUGGACAUACACAACCUUGAUGUUGGACGAAAGUUCAAUCAUACCAUCAGCAAAGUUCGGUGGAAGCACUUGUAUCAUCAAAACAUGCACCACUCUGUGAGAAAUGUCUGGUAUAGAAUGAUCCAUAAGCAAUGCCCAAGUAAAUCAGCUCUUUUCGUUCGACGCCUGAGGAACGUUGAAGAUGACAAAUGUACCCUCUGCAAUGAUACUGAAGAUGCCAAACAUCUCAUGGUUAGCUGCCCCCCUCCCCACAAAAACGACAUUUGGUCCAACAUCUUUGAACAAUUCCUGGGAUAUCCCAAAGUUGCCAAUCCACAACAAGUAUACCAAUCUAUAGUCAAUUUGAACCUGAAGCAAUACUUCAUCUACAAUCUCGACAUCAAGAUUACAAUCUUUGACCUGUUUGCUGCCACCAUUCGUAUGGUAUGGAGAUUCCACCUCCUACAUACAUUCGAAGGAAUGCCUUUUGAUACCAACUAUGUCACCACCAAGAUCUGUGCCGAAGUGAUGAGAUUGUCAGAUCUCAAGCAUUAA